AACAUGCUCAAAUGAACCAUGUCAGGAAGUUACAUCAACCAAAUUUCAGAAAAAGUGAAUAAAAUAGCUCAGAAGUGUUUAGUGCGACAAGAAAGGAGAAGCCAACCGAGAGAAGAGGAAGCGGAACUUCAACACGGCGCCAUUAAAGCCCCGGAGGGUUGUGGGGAGCAGAGCGGCGUCUCAGGGACAUGAAGGCCGCGGUCCCUUUCCUCGUUCUCCUCAGUGGCUGUUGCAUGACUUGGACGGAGGCCCUGACCGUUAAAGGAUUGGUCGGGGGAACAGUCAGAAUCGAAUGCACUCACACCAAUGCGCAGAGCAACACCAAAUACUUCUGUAAGGGAGAAUGUCGCUACCAGGAUGUUCUCAUAACAAGUAAGACGGGAGGAUCAGAGAAGUAUUCUAUCGAAGACAAGGGAAACACAUUCAUCACAACUAUGAGGAAUCUGCAACUAAAAGACACUGGGAAUUAUUGGUGUGCGAUUGAAAGGUUCGGUCUCGACACAUAUGUGGAAGUGUAUCUCAAGGUCAACGAUGUGGAGAAGAGUGAUGUUCAUGCUGUCGAAGAAGCUAUUACAACAGGGUUUAAACCAACAGCGCGGCCUACAGACUUCGAAAAUGAAAGCUCACGAGGAGAAACCGUUUCUGCACGGCCAACGGACUUCGAAAAUGUAAGCUCACGAGGCGAAAGCACUUCUGAUGUGAAGAGUGAUGUUAAUGCUGUCCAAGAGACAACUACAACAGAGUUUGAACCAACAGGACGCCAAACAGACUUCGAAAAAGAAAGCUCAAAAGGAGGAAGCAUUGCUGGUGAUGUGUCUUAUCAGUUGACAUAUAUAGGAGCAGCCCUUGGUGUUGCUGUGUUGGUGCUGGCCCUGGUUCUUCUGAUCUUCUGCAGGAUAAAACACAGAAGAGCCGCAUUUGCUUCAGACCAAAACCAAAGCACCCAUGAAUGUCCAGGAGAACCGAGGAGGAACAGCCUCCUUCCCGCCUCAUUGACCAAUCCGCUCCCCGAUAGCGCUAUUUACUCCAAUGUCAGUGGGUUUCCAAAGCCUCAGGAUCAACCAGAUGAGAGGAUGUCGUUCCCCUCCAGUCCAGAGCAGCCCGGUGUCUUCUACUCCACUGUGAACUACAACAAUGAUUCCAAGGGUGUGGCUCUCAAAACGGAUACAGACUCUGUCAUGUAUUCUACCAUUCAAAAGACUCAGUAAGGGUCUGGAGGAAAAUAAUUAAGUGAAUAUGCUUUCGGAAAAUACUAUUAAUAGUGAUAGUCAUACCUUUACUACUAUUAACAGUUUUAUUUAUUUCGUAGUGUGGGGAUCAUAAUCCCUACACUUCGAAAUAAAAUAUGUUACCUAUUUUCUAUUUUUAUAUUCUUUCAAUUGUCAUUUGUCGAAUAGGUAAAUGUGGGAAACUGAAAUGAACACACACAAAAAUGUGCAUGCAGGCAAACAAGCACACACAUACAAACACUCACACACGCACUCACACAACUAAACUGAAGUGAAAGUAUACAAACAUUUUAAUAAAACUAAUGCAGAGAGCAAUUCAGCAAUCAUAGAAGGGUGUUUACCAAACUCCUCUGUUUGAGAACCAACAAUUUCCUUCAGUAGCACUUAGUAGAGAAUAUAAUUACAACCCACAAGAGGGUUUUUCAUGCAGAUCAAUGUAUUUAACAUGAGGUGACAAGUCUAGUCCUACAUUAAAGACCUCCAGCAUAAUAAGCAAGGACUGGUAUAGCUGAAAAAAUAAAAUAAUAAUAAGCUUGAUGAAACAAACUGAAGAUGUACCUACCUCACCAGUUGGACCCAUGUUUCAAAUUGUUUUCCUCGUCACCGCCAGAGAGAACAGUAUAGUAUAAUAUGCUAUGGGCCAUCGUAAAGUCAGCGUCUUUCGUGAUUCUUAUACAUUGGCCACGCAGUGCUUCUUGCUAAUUAAUUAAAUAAUAUAUCAAACUAAUUAUUUGUCAUGUUUGAAAAAGUUUGUUGUGUUUGAAAAAUAAUUAAUAAACCCAUUAUUGUAAGAAUAAUA